CUUUUUUCCGCCACCUUCCUACAUAAACACCCCCAGUAGACACCGCUGUUCAUCAACAUCUCCCAGGAAAAAUAUUCAGAUUUCUUUGCCGGAAAAAAUAAUGUACAGCUCCGACCGGUUACCCGUCCAGUCAACCACGGGGCCUCGACCCCUAAAACGCCACAAAACCGCCCGUGAAAUUGCUCACCGGGUCCGUGAAAGCCUCACAACCCGGAUCUGCAAGUCGAUAUGUGGCAUUUUCUUGAGUGUUCUGGUUCUUGUUGGUAUUGUUGCUUUCAUUCUGUGGCUUAGUUUCCGCCCACACCGCCCAAGAUUUCAUAUCCAUGAUUUUUCGAUUCCGGGUUUCGGCGAAGCAACCGGCUUUGAGAAUGCCCAGAUAACAUUUAAUGUGACGAUCCGGAACUCGAACCAAAAAAUUGGGAUUUACUAUGAUGCUAUGGGCGGGUCGCUUUAUUAUAGGGAUCAGCAGGUCGGGUCAAAGCAGUUACUGUAUCCGUUUUAUCAGGAGCCGAAGAAUACUACUGUGGUGGCAGAUGUACUGAGUGGGAAAGCGCUAACGGUGAAUAGCAAGCGUUGGACAGAGUUCAUGAAUGAUCGUGCAGUUGGGACGGUGGCGUUUCGUCUAGAAAUAAGCUCGACCAUUCGAUUUAAGAUCAAAAUCUGGAACACCAAGGACCAUCGGGCCCAUGCCAAUUGUGAUGUUUCGGUGGGCCCUGACGGUGCGAUCUUGCCACUUUUUAAAGAAAAGAGAUGCCCCGUUUAUUUCACUUGAUGUGUAUGCGAAUGUGGUAUGUUGAUUUUACACGGGUUACAUGCAUCCCUUUUUUUUUUUUUUUUUUUUUUCAAAUUGUUUCCCUAAUUGUAAUUCUUAAGUUUCUUUUUGUUUUAAUUAUUGGAUUAU